CCCACCCACCUUGGUGAUUUCGAAUGAUAAAAGACAAGACAGGACACCAGAUGAUAGUCCUUAUCUGCAGCAAUUAAUUUUCACCCUAAACCCGUUAAAUUCGCCAGAUUCGCCGAGGGUGUCGACUCGAGGACGCGAGCGAGGUCCGGCAACAGCAACAAAUUGGCCAGCACCACUUUGCUGUUAAUUUGCUCCAAUGGAGGGUUCAACACCGAGAAUCAUGUCCAAGAAGCAAUCCGGAAUGACAGCAUCGCAAAGUUCAAUCACCAAUGCUAUCUCACAAAUUGGAUUAAACCCGCCCGGGAGCAUUACUCCCAAUAUUACCUCAAGGGAACGGGAAGAACGGGGACGUCUUCUCCGGGAGAAACAGAAUGAAGAUCGGGCUAAAAAGCUGGAAGAACUCAAGCAGCAGGCUAUUGCGGCUCAGAAAUACCGAGAGCAGAAAGAAAUAGAGAGGCGUCAACGCAUUGAAGAUAUGAGGUCAAAAGACUCCGAGAGACGAAACCAAGUUGAAGAACGAAAGAGGGUGCUGUGGGAAGCCGAGCAGGAAAAAAGAGACGCCAUACUCAGGAAAGCACAGGAAAGAGAAGCUCGACUUCAAGCCAAAAGACGGAAUGAGCGAAGUUCUCUUGUGUUUGCGUUCGGCAGCUCAACGCCAAGGAUGCUUGAUCCAGUUACCUCCACUUCAUUUUGGGGCCGCAGGGCGGCAUCAACCAUUAAUGUUGGCUGCUACAAUGCACCACUGACACGUCGGAUGUCCGAACGAGAGCUCAACUUUGACAGCAACAGCAAGAAACAACGAGCUACCUCAGCUCAUGUGCUUCACCGCAAACCUGAUGAUAGUGAUGCAGAUAAAACUGACGCGGGUGAGAGACAAACGUUUGAUCACUUACCAUUAACUUCAUUUACCCCGAACGUACGAAAAAUGAAAACCGAUUUGACACCAACACUCACAUCACCUGCGCGUGAGACCGGCAGAUCUUUCUUCUUGCGCUCUGCAGGUACAACACCAUCAGUGUCUCGUCCCCAAAGUGCCAUAAGCAAUGUGGGAGAAGACAAGCAUCCAAGCGUCAUCCACAGACCCAGAUCCUCAGUCAAACCGCGGCCUAACAGUAUCGCUGUUUCCGGAAUCAAUUUGUCUAUAGCUGUGUCAAAGGAGUUGAAGAACAUAGACGGUAUAGGUCCAGAGUCCAAGAAUCUAGCUUCUUCUUCACGAAGUAGUUCCUCGUCGAGCACACCAAUGAAGUCAUCUACUAAAUCCAACCCACCGCCUUCGAGGAGCGAGGCAAAAACAGUCCCUACCACUCCCUCAGAGCAGAAGAAACCACCAAUCAAGCCGACUAAACCUACGCAGAAGACCAAUACUGUCCCAAGUGCUAAAACUUCUACGGGUCCGGCAGUUGCACCAGAGGUCUUGUCAGAUGCACCAGUGGGUUCGUCGGAUGUCCCAGUGACUUUGCCAGAUGACCCAGUGGUUUUGACUGAUACACCAAUGGAACCAGUUGAAGAGGUGCAAUCAAUCAAAAAUUUCCCUGAAGCUGACCAGCAGCAGCAACAGGAAGAACAGAAUGAGCCACCUCCCGAGCCAGCUACGCCAGUAGCAGCCCCUGCCGAAGUCGAGAACGGCAAGGAAGAAUUACCUGAAUGUGAUAUGACCUCUUCUUUUACUUCAAAGAAAAUUGCAAGUGAGGAAGAGGCAAAGGCAGCUCUCACUGAACGUAGGCGGCAAAUUCGUGAACAGCAGGAGAGAGAAGCUCAGCUGGCCAAGGAAAUGAAGGCCCGCCAGCUUGAAAAGGAGGCGGAGGAGAAGCAGAAGAGAUUGGAAGAAGCAAAAGCAAGACGAGAAGAGUACAACAGACAGGAAGAGCUGCGAAGACAAGAGGAGCAGCGACGGAAAGACGAGGAGGAGCGGUUUCUGAAAGAACAGGCAGAAAGAGAGGCAGAGGCCCAAAGAAAGGAGGAAGAGCAAAGACAAGCUCUCGAGAGAGAACAGGAAAAGAAAGCACAAGAGGAGGCCGAGAGACAACGACAAGAAAUUGCAGAGCGUCUCAGGAAGGAAGAAGAAGAGCGAGAAGAGAGGAGAAAGAGGGUAGCAAUGAUCAUGUCCAGGACCAGGAAGGGCGAAAAGAAUGCCCCGGUUAUUUCCAAUAAGGAUGGAGCAGAGGAGACUGAGGGAAGAGUCAGCCCUAGUGAUAAUGUAGAGAGUGCUAAAUCAAUAAGUAAUAAUAGGGAUGUUAUGGAUAAAUCAGUUUGCCAGCCAGCUUCUGACAUCAUCAUGGGAGACGUGAUGCUCGUUAAUUCUAUCCCUCAAGAAACAAAUGGUCACAAAAAUGAAUGACAGUGGCAAGCUCCAACUCAUUCAGUUUUGUGAAUACUUGGCUUGACCCUGUACAGAUUGAAAAAGUAAGAAAAUGUUAUUAUUCUGCAAGAACGGUUAUAUUUGUGCUGCUCUUGGUACGCUUGCUGUACCGUUUAAACAAAGUAUCACAAAUCUGGUAAAAAAAAACAACAACAACAA